AUGGCUCCGUCGAACAGUACGACCACGGCAGGCAACCUCAACGCUGUGAUUUUUGGGAUGGAUAGACCAGAUCUAUGGGUUCCUUGUGUUGUCCUGGUCAUCGUCUCGGGGCUCUUGGUGGUAGUACGGCUGGUUGGUCGAUACUACAAGACCGGCAUCCACGUCGACGACUAUAUGAUCCUGGCAGCAUACAUGAUAACAGCUCCGUUUACUGUUGUGCAUAUACUCGGAGUCUUCCACGGGGUGGGCAAACAUACAUGGGAGAGCUCGCAGCAGGACAGGAUAACUGCGUUGAAAUGUCUGUACAUCCUACAGGUUCUAUACAAACCCGCCCUCGGCCUGAUCAAGAUCGCCUUCCUCUUCUUAUAUCUUCGAAUAUUCUAUGUUCAAAACUGGUUCCGUUGGUCAUGCCAUUUCCUUAUGGGACUGACGGUUCUGAUGACAAUCGGAUUCACUUGUCCAUCCGUAUGGCAAUGCAAGCCGAUCAACGCAUAUUGGGACCGCUCGAUUCCACACAAGUGUAUCGAGAAUGCGCAAUGGAGAAUCGUCUACUCGGGGCUCAAUGUCGCUACCGACUUCCUGAUCUUCCUCCUGCCGAUAAAGGAGGCCAUCGUUCUCCCAAUGAAAAUGAGGGAUAAGCUUGCUGUGAUAUCCAUCUUUUCCCUGGGAGGAUUUGUCUGUGUCGUUAGCAUUGUUCGAAUCACAUAUAUAUUAGGAAAAUCCGACAACAGGGACCCCUUGUGGAGCAUUGCGCCGCUCGCGCUAUGGACUACCAUCGAACUCAAUACCGGCAUCAUAGUCUCCUGUCUACCCAUGCUCCGUCAACCGCUUUCGCUUAUAUGUCCAACAUUACUCUCCAGCGUACGAGACGGGUCGAGGAGCUACAGGGAGAAUUCCCAUCAAUUGAAGGAUGGCCACAACGGCGGCGAGUCAGGAAGGGGUGCCGUCCCUACUGGAAGCGCCGAUUCGCGAUGGGUAGAUCACUACAAUGACGAUAUCUACAUGGAUACCGUUACGUCCAGAGUUGAUAUAGGCGGAGCAGGGAGCGAGGAAUGCAUUUUCUCGCCAACUCCACCCUCGGACGAUAUAACUGGUAAGUACCUAGGCUACCUGCAUUCGAAGGAGAUGGCGACUGACUAG